AUAUAUUGUAGAGUAAUCUAAGCUCAAUGCUCUGUUCUGUUCUGUUCUCUUCGUAGUCCAUACAUUUUUAUGUCAUAUUUUCUCUCUGCUCUCUCUACUUUAUUUUUUAAAUUAUUUUUCGAGCCUUCUGAAUAAUCAGAGUCGGCAGACAGGAGAAGAAAAAUCAACCCAAGAUUCUCUAUUUGUAAUCUGAUUUUUUUUUCCAGUUGUUUUCUGGGCUAAUUUCCAUCGGGUUAAUCGGAGUUUGAAGAUUUGAAGAGUCAAUAUUCUUCCCAGAUUUCACGCAACCAUUGAUUCUUUCUUCUACAUUCCAGCCUUUUUGUAAGAGAUCUGAGAAUCCCUCUUUUUUGUCUCACCGUAAAAUUCCAACUUGUGGUCACGUAAUCAAAUUCAUUUCUCCGGCGAUAUCGAUUCAUGGAUCUUGUAACUUUCUUCAGAAUGUGAAGUAAAAUUUUCCUAUUUACGUUCUGUUACCACAGGGUACGUAGAUACAAACAGUUACACAGUUACGGCGGCUACAGUAUAUAGAUAUAAAUUCUCUUCGUGGACGCGUGGCUACAGUUUUGGACCCGUAGCCUUUUGGGAUUUUGUGACAACUUGGAGAUGGGAUAUGUAUGAAUAUACUGUUUGAUCUGAAUUUAAUUGCAUCAAAUUCAAAUUAUCACCAGCAAUUCUAGUUGGGUAUUUUUUUAUUUUUUAUUUUUGAAAAUGAUGCGAAUGAAGACUAAAAGUAAUGGGGUGCCGCCGACGAAUGGUGGCGGAAGUAAUGAUGCUUGGGAACUUAGGCCUGGUGGAAUGCUGGUUCAGAAGCGUACUGAUGCCGACCAAAACCAGGCGCCACCGCCGACAAUUCGAGUUAGGGUUAAAUACGGGUCGAUGUACCACCAAAUUCAUAUCAGUUCUCAAGCUACCUUUGGGGAGUUGAAGAAAAUGUUAACAGAACCAACGGGAUUGCACCACCAGGAUCAGAAGUUAUUUUACAAGGAUAAAGAGAGGGAUUCCAACGCAUUUCUUGAUACUGCAGGUGUUAAGGACAAAUCGAAACUUGUUCUAAUGGAGGAUCCAAUUAGCCAAGAAAAACGGUACAUUGAGAUGAGGAAAAACGCAAAAAUGGAAAAGACAGCAAAAUCUAUAUCAGAAAUCAGCUUGGAGGUGGAUAGAUUUGGUGGACAGGUUUCAGCGUUUGAAUCUGUAAUUUCUAAAGGUGGAAAAGUGGCUGAAAAAGAUUUAGUAAAUCUGAUUGAGUUGUUGAUGAAUCAACUGCUUAGAUUGGAUGGAAUUAAUGCUGAAGGGGAUGUCAAAUUACAAAGGAAAAUGCAGGUGAAACGAGUACAGAAGUACAUCGAGACUCUUGAUACGUUGAAGAUCAAAAACUCAAUGCCUAUUAGCAGCAGAAACUCGUCUCAACAGAGUCAGCAACCGAGGUACUCAAAUGGGCAUGUUUCAAUACCAGAUCAAGAGCCAUCGAACUCAAAUGGGAGCGUUUCGUCUCCCAGUCAACAGCAACAACCCCGGAAUUCAUUUGGGCUGUCAUUAAUCGAUUCGCCACCAAAGAAACAACAGCAGCCCUCAAAGCACUCAACCUCCGGGACUUUUGUGAUAACAACGCAGUGGGAAACGUUCGAUUCUUCACCAGCACCAUCAGUGUCGGGCAUCAGCGCAGGCGCCUCUUCAGCAUCCAAAGUGGCUUCGAGGACAAUUAAUCCGGCACAACCUAGUUUUAAUUGGGAUUUGCUUUGAGUAGGUAGUAGGACAAAGUAUAUGUGCUUAGUGUGGAUGUGCAUUUUGGACUUGUUUUCAAGUUGGUUUGGUAUCUAUUCUCCAUUCUUUUCUGUAUUUAGUUAGCAUUCCCUUCAUAUGUGUCAUUCACUAUAGAAAUAAAUGGUGCUACUAUGUAACAGUGUUAUGUACUAUUACCUUUAUUCUGUUAACUUGCUCUUGAGAAUUGGAUUUUUUAUGAAGUAGAACAGCAUUUCAUAGCAA